AUGCCUCGUGCCUUUUUAAUUAAGAAACGUGAUAGAGGUAUAAUGGAGGGUACUGCUGUAACAGAAGAGAGUGUAUCAGAAACUAAUAAUAAUACAAUUAUUAAUGUAGUCGAUGUGUGUGACGAUGAGGAAGAAACUAUUAAUGUGACGGAUACUGAUGAUGUGAUAAUGGAACAAUCAGAAAAUAUCUACAAGGAUAUGAUUAAUAAUCAGAAAGUUAUAGUGGAAGAAAUACCCCGACAUAUAUCACCUAAUAUGAUCCCAGAAUCUCACAAAAACACCAUCAGGGAACCCACAGUCAUCAAACCAACAGUCGUAAAACCAAUAGCAGAACGGCCACAGCCUCAUCAUAUACCAGUGUCCGUACCACUACCCUCACCUCCCGAUUGUCAUCGCCGUUUAUCUCCACACACCCCCACAGAUUUCGACAGACGUACUAGUAGUCUUAGUCCCGUUGACGGUCCGAGUUGCAGUCCACCGGAACCAGCACGAUUCCAUGAUCCAUUUCCAUGGCAACCAGCAUUAAUACCAAACAUCCAUUCCCAUCCAUUUUUACCAUUUAGAUUCAUGAAUGGAUUUCCAUCUCCGCCCUUACCUCAGCCUGCUCAAGACUCUCCCACCGGUUUCAGACCUUAUUCCGAACUCUCUGCAUUCAAAGGACCCCAGCUUCUCCCACCUCCACCGCCCUAUUUACCAGGAAUGAGAUACCCAAUGAACUUCUCUCCGCCUAGACAUGACAGGAUUAUCGAUGAAAGACGGAUGGAUUUUGAGUUCGGACAAAAGUUAAUGAAAAGUCCAUUUGACAACGUGUUAAAUUAUCCUGUAGGAGCUGAGCGAGUUCUGUCGCAGCUUGAUCUUCCAGAGAAAAAGAAAUCCAAGGAAAAUGAACCAAUACGUUAUCAAUGUGAUUCUUGUAAGAAAAGUUAUUCAACGUUUAGUGGUUUAUCAAAACAUAAACAAUUCCACUGUGCAUCUCAAAUUAAAAAGGAAUUCAACUGUAAAUAUUGUGAUAAAACGUACGUCUCUCUAGGAGCUCUGAAGAUGCACAUUAGAACUCAUACUCUACCAUGUAAAUGUAAACUUUGUGGCAAGGCGUUUUCACGUCCUUGGUUGUUACAGGGACAUAUUAGAACACAUACUGGAGAGAAACCAUUCAGCUGUCAACAUUGUGGUCGAGCAUUCGCUGAUAGGUCUAAUCUAAGAGCUCAUCUUCAAACGCAUUCGGAUAUAAAGAAAUAUAGUUGUCGAGGAUGCAGUAAGACUUUUUCUAGGAUGUCCCUGUUAUUGAAACAUGAAGAUAGUUGUUGUGGACCUGUCCCUCAUUGA